AUGAUACAGCUCUUACGUGGAUUGGAUCCAAAGCGAUAUAGACCCAGAACAUAUGUAGUAGCACAUCAUGAUAUACUUAGUGAAAACAAGGCUAUUCAACUUGAACAAGACCAGUUUGAUCAGGGUGAUUUUUAUGUGUGUCAUAUUGCGAGAGCAAGAAAAGUAGGUCAGUCAUGGCGGACUGUUCCGUUUUCUGUUGUCUAUGCAAUAGGUACAUCCAUUCAAGUCUUAAUUCAAGCCUGGCCUGAUGUGAUAGUUGGCCUUAAAAAGAUAGAAAUCAUUUAUAUCGAAUCAUUUGCCCGCGUGUCGAGUCUCUCAUUGACCGGUAAACUUUUGUACCCUUUUGUGGAUCGAUUUUUGGUACAAUGGCCCGAGUUGAGUGACCGUUUUGAACGUGCUGAAUAUAAAGGUAUCUUAGUCUGA